AUGGCUCGACAUGGUCAUUACCGCCAUGACCGGAUAGACAGGAUCAUCAGGGCUAAGCACCUGCUGGAGGAAAGUGAAACCGAUCAUGGACCCGACAACAAGAUCGAUAUGCAUCUUGGUGUGGAUAUAAUUCAGAAUCCUGUCCUUCAUUCUUCCGAGAUCCUCUCGACAACUGAGAAUUGCGACCCAUUACAAAACAUCACUUGUCCCGAUGAUAUUCCAGAUACCACUGAGAUCUUGCUAUCAAAACGACAAGAGGCGGAGGCAGCCUCGAGCACUGUGGUCGAAACAGUCGUUCAGGUUGUAGAUACCAAUUCUCAGACCCUCUGGCAAUCUGCUGGAGUCUCUUUUCCGAUCACCAUCUCGAACACUGCAUUUGGUGCUCUCACAAUCACUGGUGGCUCCACAACCCCAACAGAGCCAUCGACGGCUACCUCGGCAUCCUCCACCUCUCAACCCACUUCUUCCACAGCUGGGGAGCUGUCAGUCCCAACAGCUCUUAGACAAAGUGCAGCUUUCUCGUCACAAAGAGUCUCUUCUGCAAUCAGCUCUGUGCCUUAUACGUCGACUCGCCUUGUUUCGUCUUCUAGCACCACUACCCCUUUAACGACAUCAACUGUGAGUUGGUGGGGAGGAGUCUAUACUGUUGCUUCAAGUUCAUCAACGACAGGUACUUAUUCAAGCGAGCCCUCUAUGUCGACAGUUUCUCAUGGUGGCGCCGAAGAAACUGGAUCUGGAACUCGUGAUGGAUCUGCACAGACUACUAGUCAAUCGCAGUCCUCAUCGGGAUCUGGAUCAUCGAUUGAUCCAAGAACGUCGAAGAUUGUUGGUGGAGUAGUAGGAAGUGUAGCUGGUCUUUCUCUGAUUAUCCUACUCCUCUUUUACUUGUUCCGUCGGCGCAAAAUGCUGCAAUCCAAGAAUGGGGGAGCCCUCCCCCUUCCGUCUGAUGACGCCGGGACACGAGAAGUCGCCGAACGACGCUCCAGCAAUGAUCCUCUAUUCACAGCUUCAUAUUUUGCACCUGCAUUUAUGAAACGUUGGAGGCAGUCAACCAUGACUACAAAGACUGAGAGUACUGUUUCAUCAAACGCGAGUGAACGUGGGUUCCAAAAGAUUUCAGGCCGCAAAAUCCCUCCUGUCCUCACCCAUGGCGGUGAUGGCUAUGGAGGUGGUCUGGACGGAGACUCUCCCACCCUUCCUGGAUUUUCUCCCAUAUCACCUGGCGGUGGCCCGCUUUCCUCCACCUCCUCUCAUGGGCCACCUCCAACUUCACCAUACGGCAUAGUCCUGGACACAACAUUUACUCGGGAGGCUGAGGAGCGUAACAACACCCCUUCACGACCUCCUCCUGUACAGCUACCUGUCUCCAGUUCGGUGAACUUUGGUACUCCAACUACCGUCAAUCCGUCUCACCCUAUCGCCCAACCCCAGAGUGCCAUUCCGGUAGCUCCGUUGCGACCCGACGGACUCGGCCGCAGCCUUCCAAGCUUUGAUGGGAGCCGUAGCAGUCGCUUCACGGAGAGUAUCGACCGGUGA